CUCCCCAUCUCCAACCCCCAGUCCGGCGCCGCCGCCGCCACGGCCUCCUCCGGUUCCACCGGCAGCGGUGCCGCCCCGAUUGCCACCCCGGCUUUCCGCCUCUUCCUCUCUCGCCUCUCCGACUCCGUCAGCCGCUCUCUCUCCAAUCGCCGCCCCUGGUCGGAGCUCAUCGACCGGUCCGCCUUCUCCCGCCCGGACUCUCUCUCCGACGCCUCCUUCCGCGUCCGCAAGAACUUCGCCUACUUCCGCGUCAACUACGUCGCCCUCCUCGCCGCCGUCCUCGCCCUUUCCCUCCUCUCCAAUCCCUUCUCCCUCCUCGUCCUCCUCGGCCUCCUCGCCGCCUGGUGCUUCCUCUACCUGUUCCGCCCCGCAGAUCCGCCGCUCGUCCUCUUCGGCCGCACUUUCUCAGACCGCGAGACCCUCGGCGCCCUCGUCUUCCUCUCCGUCUUCGUUAUCUUCCUCACCUCCGUCGGAUCCCUCCUCAUCUCCGCUCUCAUGGUCGGCGUCGCCAUCGUCUGUGCCCACGGCGCCUUCCGCGUGCCUGAGGACCUCUUUCUCGACGACCAGGAGCCCGGCGGCGCCGCUGCUGGUCUCCUCUCCUUCCUCGGAGGGACUGCCUCCACCGCCACCGCCGCCGCUGUCCCCGCCGUCGCCGCUCGCGUCUGAUGAUGAUGCGGAUCUGGUGGUGAGGCCGUGAGAUUUCUUUUGACUCGUUACCUUUCUUUCUCUGUAGGGGAGGGAAAAAAAUAUUGAUCUAAGCUUUGUUCGGUUCUGGUUCUUUCGCAACUAUAUAUGCACACAAAUCGUAAUAUAGAAUUCUGGAUUCUUGUAAGUUUUAAGUUGAUGAGUGCGUACAAUUGGUUAUCUCCUCUCCUAGAUCUAUUUGUCUGUUGAAAGAAUAGAUCUGAUAUGUUCUUGAAUACAUAAUAAGUCUUUUUUCUUAUUUA